AGAAGCAGAGAGCUAGCAGGAAUACACACAGAUUCAACCUGGAGAAAAUGAAGACCUCAACUAUUUGCACUUCUGACAAGACAAGAUGAGGAAUUCUCUGCUCGCGGCUAUCUUCUUCCUGGCAACAGAUUCCUGCAACUGCAUAGACUUGGAUUUUCCAUUUUGUCAGCAGCUCCCGGAUUGGGACAAUGAAUUGGUAUGCUACAAAGAGUUAAAUGACGAUCUAACCUGCACCUGGCUGCCAGUACCCAGUGCUCCGAACACGGUUAAUUAUACCAUAUUCUUAAAAUGGGACAGAAUACCAAAACUUUUUCAACGCAACACAUCAUCAUCCUCCAUCACAAUAGGAAGAAGGAAUCUCUACAUGAAGCGAUCUGCAGCUAUUUGGAUAGCAGUGAAUUACGCCCAUGACAGCUGUGUGAAAGGAAAGAACAUUUCAGUUAUACCAAGUGAAGCAGGCAAGUGUUUGACACCAUCUAACAUAAAUGCUCAUCAGAUCACAAAACAAUUGAUAAUAAAGUGGGACCUGCCUGCAAUUCCUACACCAUAUGAGCUGAGGUACAGAGAAGCACUCACAGAAUCUACUCAGUGGACGCUGGUGCCUGUAGAAAGCAAUGCUGUCAAUGUCACCAUUUCGAACUUAAAUGCUAUGACUUCAUACAUUGUUCAGCUCAGAUGCAUAGCCAGUGAUGGUCUCCACUGUGUUUGUGUUUGGAGUAAAGAGGUUUUGGUCCCUCACAAACUCAUGAACAGGCCAAGAAUAUCAUAUAAUGCAACUACUGAAAUCUCUCCAGGCAGAAGAAGUGUUCUUCUGAAGUGGGAGGUAACACAAAGUGAGAACAUCCUUGGAUAUUAUGUGAAUGUGGAAAGAAUACCCAACAGUUGCAUGAAUUCAUCAGAUCGCAUCUUUCUAAAGGAUAGAAAAGUUCUUCUAAAUGUCUCCAUGGCUUGUUAUAGGGUAAAUAUUUCUGCCUAUAACAAAGCAGGAGAAUCUCCACAAGCCAUCUACAUUGUCCCAGACUUCUCUGCAACAGACUUGCCUGGCCAAAUCCAUGUCAAACACCAGGGAAGUAAUGCAGUUGUCACCUGGACUCCAGAAUACAAUCCAAAAUGUUUUGUGGUUGACUGGGGCUCUGGUAAAGAGGAUAUGCACAUGAAAAUAGUAACUACAGCUACUGGAAAUUUCACCCUAGACAAUUGUCAGCCAUAUAAGUUGUACAAAAUAAUGAUACAUGCAUCUGAUGUGUGUCAGUGUGAAAGUUUCACAAGACAUGAAAAGACUUUUGGAGUGACCCACUUUUACUCAGUUGAAGGAGUUCCUAGGACAGGUCCUGCUAAUGUGACAGUUCUGAAUAUCACAAAGCAUUCUGCACUUGUGAAGUGGACCGAAAUAGCUGCUGAAGACCGUUUGGGAUUUCUCCAGGGGUACAGGAUCAGCUACACAGAUUCAUCAGGGAAGAAGUCUCUGGCUGUUACUCUCAAUUCUUCUACAACAAGUUACCAUCUUACUGGACUGAAGGAAAAAAACAUCUACUGUGUGCAGAUUUCAGGAUUCACUAAUGCUGGCGAAGGACCUCUGACUCUUUCAGAACCUUUCAGCACUCCAAAAUAUGAUAAAGGAGAAUUUGAAGGGUUUGUGACUUGCCUUUGCUUUAGCAUGAUGUUCGUUCUGGUUUUUGCACCUCUCACUUGUUCUCUGGUGCUUAAAAGGCUGAAAAUAUCAUGCUGGCCCAGUGUACCAAGUCCAAGAAACAGCAGUGUACUCCAAGAUAUGACUAAUUGGAAACCUGUUUCAAGGUCACUGCUUCAGGCCCUGUCAGACAAUGAUACCAUCAGCCUUUAUGUCAUAGAGCAUGAGUCAAAGACUACUUUGAAGCUGGACCUCUUUACAGAUGGUGGAGAAGACAGCAAAUGUGACCCUUGCCAGUCAGAAGAACCUAGCAAUAACAUAGACAUAAGCCUUAGGCAUGAAGAAAUCCCUGAAGAAGCAGUUACAAGUGAAGAAGAAGGAAUAAUUUCCAUUAUAGUACCACUCUUGAGUGACUACACCAGCAUGGAGUUCAGCCAGAAAGCCCUGAUGAGCCUGACAGUGAAGCUGCCUGCAAGAGCUUCUCAUCCUUGUCUGGAAAUGGAGUUAAGCAGUAAGCCAGCACAAACUGAGCAUCAGGUUUUGUUUGCUCCCCAAGACUACCUGAAACAAAGUCAGGUAGUAUUUUUGCCAUCUGGACCAACUUUGAUGGGACAAGUCAAUUCGAAGUGAAGUAUCUUCAUAAUUUCACGUACCAUAAAAAUCAAGUUC